AGAAGAAGCAUAUUGUCUAUUAGGGCCCACAAAACGCUUUAGUUUAUCCUCAUAUGAAGUUAUUGUAAUAAUAACUACUAGUAGUCAAGUAACUCAACUAUAAAAGACUCACUCCCUUCCCCCAUCUUGCUCACCCUUCCAAAUUUUAUUACCUCAUUUCCUUGCUCUAUUCGACCAACAACGCAAAAAUGUCUGCUCAGAUGAGAAAGUUGUCAUCCUCCGUGGAAGUAAAGUUAGAUGGAAAUGUCAUUCAUGAAAUCUUAAAAGACAGACCAAACGACAUUUCCCGUGUGAGCCAACUCGUCAGCAGCGUUGAGUUGUGUGAUGGCCAGUGGGGAAAAGCGGGAUCUGUCGUCCGCUGGAAUUUCAGUACUCCUGACGGAAAGAAGUUCUCUUCAAAAGAAAGGGUUGAGGUGAUUGACGAUGCAAAAAAAUCAUUGACAUGGAGGGUGCUUGAAGGAGAUGUGAAGGCGCUUUAUUCCAACUUUGCCUUCAUUAUGAAUGUUGAAAAAGCUGGUGAGAACAAGAGCUUGGUGACAUGGACAAUGGAGUAUGAGAAGCAUGAUGAAAGCAUCCCAGAGCCUCAUGGAAUUUUGGAAUAUUGUCUUAUUAUCACGAAGGAUAUCGAGGCUUAAUUACCACCUCAACAAAUGAAAUCAAUCUGUUAUAUCAAAAGAGACAUCAUCAUGGUGUUCCAUCACUCCGUUCACUCUAUUAUGUGUGCUGUACGUGAUACUAUCUAUAGUGUGUGUGAAUAAAAUGCCUCCACUAUGUGACAACUGAAUCUAUAAUCGAUGUAUCUUGCUUUCAUUUGUGAAAUUAUAAAUUCUAUGUCGUUAUGUUUGUUGUUCUAUUUCUUUUCCUUGUCGGUGUUAAUGUGAUGUUCACAAGUUCAUUGUUGCACUAUCCAAAGGUUAUAUAGUUCGGUCAUAGGAAGGAUUAAAUCAUCCAUUUUAAUCAUAGAUAAGAGGUUUGAAAUCUUUAGAUAACAGCUUUGAAAUUUAUCAAAGUAUAUAACUAUUGUGACUUCCUAUCUCAAAAUUAAUUGGCAUUAAAUAAAGUACCCUUUAGAACUUAUGUACAGAUCCACUUCUUUUUAUGUGACG